GGCAAGCGAAAUGGGACAGGCCGUUCGCAGUUGCUUGUUUUUUUUGUUGUGUCGGUCGGACACAAAAAAAAGUGCCGAGAAACCUGGGAGAGGAGCCAGGUAUUCCCAGAUGUAACUGAAAACAACCAGAAGCGUUUUCCACAGGAAACUUAAGCCAGCUGGGCCAUCAUUAGAGACACAUUUCUAUCAGCCUUUCAGACACAUUUUAAUUGUGUAAACUUGAGAAACACAGGCAAGCUUAAUGUGCGAUGUGUAAGCUAUAGUCCUCAUGCAGAUACUUGUAGUUUGUUGGAAGCAAAGGACAUAUUUGACAUCCUAAGCUCUUCAUCUGUGUUCCUAUGACCUCUGAAAGCUGCUUGUGACUGGUACACAUAUAUAUUAAAGGAGUUUAGUUGUAUUUCUAAAUCUAAUCGGAGAGGUUGUUAACUCUCUAAGGCACAUCUUUGUUCACAUGCCUGGUGGCAGCCAACCCCUCGGCUGCAAUGGAGAGUUGUGGCUGCAAAAGAACAAAUUGUAGAGGCCGCCGUCACCUCAGCAUCACCUGGGAGAUAGCCUAGCUUAGCUUAGCGUAGCUCAGGUCAGCACUUAGCUACUGACCCCUCCCUCCCUCCCUUCCUUCCUUCCCCCCCCCUCUACUCCAAGUGAGCAGCCAUGGCUUCAGUGCGCUUCACGGUGACGCCCACGAAGGCCGAGGACCUCCCGGGGCUGUCCGACACGUCGCCUGACAUCAGCUCGCGCUCCGGGGCCCGCGUGCGCUUCGGCUCCAGAGAGAGCGUGAACCGGAGCGACCCGCUGAGCGAGGCGUACGGGGGCCAGGGAGGGGCCGAGACGCCGGACCACAGCCAGUUAGAUCAAGGUGAUGGAAACUCCAAAAUCUCCAGUGUGUACAUCAACAACACUCACGGGGUGGAUGACGACGACUUCUACGACCGAAACUUGGCCUUAUUUGAGGAGGAGAUGGACACUCGGCCAAAAGUGUCUUCUCUGCUCAAUCGCCUGGCGAACUACACCAACCUGACGCAGGGAGCCAAGGAGCACGAGGAGGCCGAGGGCAUCGGGGAGAAGAAGAAAGCCAGCAAGUCUCCUCAGAUGGGGACCUUUAUGGGCGUCUACCUGCCGUGCCUGCAGAACAUCUUCGGGGUGAUCCUGUUCCUGCGGCUCACCUGGGUGGUGGGCAGCGCGGGGGUCCUGCAGUGUCUCUGCAUCGUGUUCGUCUGCUGCUGCUGCACGUUGUUGACGGCGAUAUCGAUGAGCGCCAUCGCCACUAACGGAGUUGUUCCAGCGGGAGGCGCGUACUUCAUGAUCAGCCGGUCUCUGGGUCCAGAGUUCGGGGGGGCGGUGGGUCUGUGUUUCUACCUGGGAACCACCUUCGCCGGAGCCAUGUACAUCCUGGGAGCCAUCGAGAUCCUGCUGAUGUACUUAGCACCCAAAGCAGCUAUUUUCAAGGCGGAGCACACCGAAGGUGAAGGGGCGGCCAUGUUGAACAACAUGCGAGUGUACGGCUCCAUCUGCCUCCUCCUCAUGUCCCUGCUGGUCUUCGUGGGCGUGAAGUACGUCAACAAACUGGCGUCGGUCUUCCUCGCCUGCGUCAUCGUCUCCAUCGUCUCCAUCUACGUCGGGGCGCUGGUCUCCGCCUUCAAACCGCCUCAAUUCCCCGUGUGCAUGCUGGGAAACAGGACAAUCAGCGGACACGACAUUUUGGACCACCAUUGCGGGAAAACUGUGCUGCAGCAGAUCAAAGAUCAAGGGAAGAUGGGGGACUACAACACUACUAGUAACGACACCAGCACUCUGGGCCCGACCUUCGACCCCAGCCUGGCCCCCCCUCUCAUGGAGAAGACCACUCACCUCUGGAAACAGUUCUGCCAGGGAACAGAAUUCAACUCUACCUGCGACGAAUACUUCCUCUCCAACAAUUUCUCACAGAUCGAAGGCAUCCCCGGUCUGGCCAGUGGGGUCAUUUCAGACAACCUGUGGAGCACGUACCUCAGUAAAGGCGCCGUGGUGGAGAAAGCCUCGCUCAGCUCCUCUCACGUUCCCCCCCCCGCCUCCAUCCAGCAGCCCUACGUGUUUGCAGACAUCACCACGUCCUUCACGCUGCUGGUGGGCAUCUUCUUCCCCUCCGUCACAGGGAUCAUGGCUGGUUCCAACCGGUCGGGGGAUCUGAAAGACGCUCAGCGCUCCAUCCCCAUCGGCACCAUCAUGGCCAUCCUCACCACCUCGCUCGUCUACCUGAGCAGCGUCGUGCUGUUCGGAGCCUGCAUCGACGGGGUCGUCCUGCGAGACAAGUUUGGAGACUCGGUGAACGGGAACCUGGUGGUUGGGACUCUGGCCUGGCCGACUCCCUGGGUCAUCGUGAUUGGUUCGUUCUUCUCCACAUGUGGCGCCGGCCUCCAAUCGCUGACCGGCGCUCCUCGACUCCUGCAGGCCAUCGCCAAGGACAACAUCAUCCCCUUCCUCCGGGUGUUUGGCCAUGGGAAGGCUAACGGGGAGCCGACCUGGGCUCUGCUGCUGACGGCUCUGAUCGCCGAGCUGGGGAUCCUCAUCGCCUCCCUGGACCUGGUGGCUCCCAUCCUUACCAUGUUUUUCCUGAUGUGUUAUCUGUUCGUGAACCUCGCCUGUGGUCUCCAAACUCUCCUGAGGACGCCCAACUGGAGGCCUCGCUUCUCCUACUACCACUGGACUUUGUCGUUUUUGGGGAUGACGAUCUGCCUGGCGCUCAUGUUCAUUUCCUCCUGGUACUACGCAAUCGUUGCCAUGGUGAUCGCCGGCAUGAUCUACAAGUACAUUGAGUACCACGGAGCGGAGAAGGAGUGGGGGGAUGGGAUCCGCGGCCUGUCGCUCAGCGCUGCCCGGUACGCCCUCCUGAGGCUGGAGGAGGGGCCGCCGCACACCAAGAACUGGAGGCCUCAGGUUCUGGUGUUACUGAAGCUGGACGAGGACGCCCACGUUAAGUCUCCUCGCCUGCUGACGUUCGCCAGCCAGCUGAAGGCGGGGAAAGGCCUGACCAUCGUCGGCACCGUGGUCUCCGGAAACUUCCUGCAGAAUUACGGAGAGGCUCUCGCUGCCGAGCAGACUCUGAAGCACCUGAUGGAUAAGGAGCGGGUGAAGGGCUUCUGUCAGUGCAUCGUGGCCCAGAAGCCCCGGGAAGGCAUCAGUCACAUGAUCCAGUCCAGUGGGCUCGGAGGAAUGAAGCCCAACACGGUGGUGAUGGGCUGGCCUCACGCCUGGAGGCAGAGCGAGGACCCUCAGGCCUGGAAGACCUUCAUCAACACGGUGCGGGUCACCACAGCAGCCCACCUGGCCCUGCUGGUGCCCAAAAACAUCUCCCUGUUCCCCAACAACAGCGAGCCCUGCAGCGAGGGCUACAUCGACGUGUGGUGGAUCGUCCACGACGGGGGGAUGCUGAUGCUGCUGCCCUUCCUGCUGCGCCAACACAAGGUGUGGCGUAAGUGUGGGAUGAGGAUCUUCACCGUGGCCCAAAUGGAGGAUAACUCCAUCCAGAUGAAGAAGGAUCUGGCAACCUUCCUGUAUCACCUCCGCAUCGAGGCUGAGGUGGAAGUGGUUGAGAUGCAUGACAGUGACAUCAGCGCGUACACCUACGAGAGGACUCUGAUGAUGGAGCAGAGAUCUCAGAUGCUCCGGCAGAUGAGACUGUCCAAAUCUGACCGGGAGAGAGAGGGACACCCUGGCGGCAGCAGCAGCAGCAGUAGGACGGAGGCAGGUGGAGCUGCGAAGUCUCAGGCUCAGGCGGUGAAAGACAGAAACUCUAUGCUGCGUUUGACGAGCCUCGGAUCGGACGAUGACGACGAUACUGACGGAGGAGAGAGAGAAAGAGCCUCAAACGCUGGAGGAGGAAAUGGAAAUGGAGGAGGAGAAGGAGGAAGAGGAGGAGGAAGAGGAGGAGGAAGAGGAAGCAACGAACAUCACCGCAGAGUUCAGAUGACCUGGACCAAAGAGAAGAGCUCUCAGUACCGAGCGGCUCACUCUGGAUGCUCCACUCCAGAGGGAUUCAGAGACAUGCUCAGCAUGAGGCCGGAUCACUCUAACGUGAGGCGGAUGCACACCGCGGUGAAACUCAACGAGGUCAUCGUCAAUAAAUCCCACGAUGCCCGGCUGGUCCUGCUCAACAUGCCGGGGCCGCCCAGGAACACGGACGGAGACGAGAACUGUAUCCUUAAAAUCUGAGGGGUUUUCUGAUCGUUUAGGAUAUUUAAGAUGCUUUCACUUCAUCAGCCUUAUCACUCCUUAACUUUGGGACCAGACAUGGAGUUCCUGGAGGUCCUGACAGAAGGGCUGGAGCGCGUCCUAUUGGUCAGAGGAGGAGGAGGUGAAGUCAUCACCAUCUACUCCUGAUUGGACGAAACCAAGGAAGCGAUAAAGACGCAGCCAAUCACAUAGAAGCGAGUGAAGGGAGGGGGGGGGAGCUCUGCGAGGGGGCAAAAGGAGAGACUCUCAUUGGCUGUCAGCCCCCCGAAACCUUUUCCUUUCAUCCUUAGGGUUUCCAUUCCACUUAUGUCAAGCUACAGAAAUGCCAACACAAUUCCACGAUCGAAGACAAAUAAUAAGAGUGAUCAGCCAAGUGUGUAAGUGUGUGUGUGUUGUCCAUCUGUGGGGGGUGCGGUCUGUUGGAGAAGGGGACCAGUGUUGUGUUUUUUUUGGUGGCGGUGGACAAGCGAAUGUGAGGAGAUGCAGCGAAAUGAUGAGACUCAGGGUGUCUUUUUGUACAGAAUGUAUUUUGGAUGUGUUUGAGAGUAGGCCGAGUGUCUGGAUUAUUAUUUUUUGUCUCCUUGAGGACACAGUGAAGUUUAUUAUAAUACCACAUGAACAGGAAGUGAGGAGCCUCAGUGAAGCAUCAAUGUGACCUUACUUGAAAGUGUAACAUUUCUCCUAUCAAUAAUGGCCUAUUUUCUUUGCAUAACCACUAUUUAUGCACUGACCUCAGAAUACAUUUUUUCGUACAUAUUUGUUCUAUAAAAGCUCGUUUUCACCAGGGUAAGAAAGUGGAAAAAUAAAAGACUCAACCAAUGCUAUUUUGACUUAUCGAGUAAAGAAAUUGAGUCAAAAAAAGCCCGAGUUAUGACUUAACACGUCAAAAGUCAUAGUUGUGAGACAAAAUUACAACUCAGUAUUGGCCUUUUUUAAUUUAAUAUCUGACAUAUUAAGAAAUACAUCAUGAUGAGCUAUUAUUAUGACUUUUCACCUCAAUCUUUUUGUUUUCUCAGUUAAAAUGAGCUUAUUUUCUCUUCUCCAUAACCUCAUGACGACAGAUGUCAGAAAGACAUUCAUCAAGUGGCACGUACCCUAAUCUGAACAGCAGCCGUGUGCUCUGCUAACGACAAGGAUGGAAAUAGGAAUUGGUUCCUUAAAGGUACCGACACGGUUAUGAUUUUUGAUGUCAAGGAAAACCAAAAUCAAACUAACAAUGAGGAAACUAUCGACGCCCACGUUGGACCGCAUGUCAAUAAUAUCAUGUUCGAGUAGACGGUGUAGAGGUCGACAAUGAAACCAUAUUAUUGGCCGUCGAAAAAGUACCACUACACUGCAUGCUGAUGAAAUGUCACUUGGAGAGGUGUGUGUGUGUGUGUGUGUGUGUGUGUGUGUGUGUGUGUGUGUGUGUGUGUGUGUGUGUGUGUGUGUGUGUGUGUGUGUGUGUGUGUGUGUGUGUGUGUGUGUGUGUGUGUGUGUGUGUGUGUGUGUGUGUGUGUGUGUGUGUGUGUGGCUUAAGUUAGGAACUGUAAACUGGAGGUGUGUGUGAUUCCACUUUAAUGCUUCUUUUUUUUUACAGUGUUAUCGUGCAGGGAUUCUUUUAUGUUCAUAGUUUUUUUUCCUAAAUGUUUUUUUUUUUUUUGUACAUAAAGA